ACAUGGCUGCCGAUGCUGGGUGCGGGCUUGGGGCACAAUCCGCUUGCUAUCUCCGCCAUCCCUUCCCUCACGGUGUCUGUUUCCAUCCGGGAGAAUCUGUGGAGGCGCUAGUAUGGGGGAGGCGCUGUUAUUGCGGCUAGCUGUGCGGUGGGAAGCGGUUUGUGGGCUGUUGGAGAUGCCGGGGACGCGGCCUAGGGACCGGGGCUUUAUACGGGCAGCACCGCGACCUGUCAGUAGCCGCUUUCCUUCCUCACUUGCCCCGGUGUGGCCGCCUCCUGUUUAGUCGCAUCCCUAAGGCAGCAACAGAUUCUCUCGGAACAAUGGUGCGCUAUUCUCUCGACCCGGAGAACCCCACAAAAUCAUGCAAGGCACGGGGCUCAAACCUUCGAGUGCACUUUAAGAACACUCGUGAAACUGCUCAAGCUAUCAAAGGCAUGCACAUCCGUAAGGCCACCAAAUACCUGAAAGACGUCACCCUGAAGAAGCAGUGCGUUCCUUUCCGCCGCUACAACGGGGGUGUUGGAAGGUGUGCCCAGGCUAAGCAGUGGGACUGGACACAGGGACGUUGGCCAAAAAAGAGCGCAAACUUCCUCCUGCACAUACUGAAAAAUGCUGAAAGCAAUGCAGAAGUCAAGGGUUUGGAUGUUGAUUCUUUGGUCAUUGAGCACAUCCAGGUGAAUAAGGCCCCCAAGAUGCGCAGGCGUACCUACCGUGCUCAUGGUCGUAUCAAUCCCUAUAUGAGCUCCCCAUGCCACAUCGAAUUGAUCCUUACUGAGAAGGAACAGAUCGUACCAAAACCUGAGGAGGAAGUCGCUCAAAAGAAAAAGAUCUCUCAGAAGAAGCUGAAAAAGCAGAAACUCAUGGCUCGGGAAUAAAUACAACCUGUACAGAAAUAAAGUCCCAAAAAACUGUU